AUGGCACAGAAACAUCAACUGGACCAAGAAACUUUCUCUUGUUCGAUCUGUCUGGAUCUACUGAAGGAUCCAGUGACUAUUUCCUGUGGACACAGCUACUGCAGGAGCUGUAUUAAAUCACACUGGGAUGGAGAGGAUCAGAGGAGGAUCUACAGCUGCCCUCAGUGCAGACAAACCUUCAAACCGAGGCCUGUCCUGAAGAAAAACAUCAUGUUAGCAGCUUUAGUGGAGCAGCUGAAGAAGACUGGACUCCGACGAUACAUCCAGCAGAGAAUCCACGACAGAGAGAAAGAUAUGAAGCUGCUUCAACAGCAGGUGGAGGCCGUCAGUCUCUCUGCUGAUAAAGCAGUGGAGGACAGUGAGAAGAUCUUCACUCAGCUGAUCCGUCUCCUCCAGGAAAGAAGCUCUGAUGUGAAGCAGCAGAUCAGAUCCCAGCAGCAAACUGAAGUGAGUCGAGUCAAAGAGCUUCAGGAGAAGCUGCAGCAGGAGAUCACUGAGCUGAAGAGGAAAGACGCUGAACUGAAGCAGCUCUCACACACAGAGGAUCACAACCAGUUUCUACACAACUACCCCUCAGUGUCACAACUCAGUGAACCUACAGACUCAUCCAGCAUCAAUAUCCGUCCUCUCAGAUACUUUGAGGAUGUGACAGCAGCUGUGUCAGAGCUCAGAGAUCUACUACAGGACAUCCUGAGGGAGGAAUGGACAAACGUCUCACUGACAAGGACUGAAGUGGACCUUCCAAUGCCAGAACCAGAACCAGAUCCAGAACCAGAACCAGAGCCAGAACCAGAGCCCAAGACCAGAGCUGAGUUCCUAGAAUAUUUAUGUGAAAUCACUCUGGACCCGAAUACAGCACACAGACAGCUGAUAUUAUCUGAGAGGAACAGAAAAGCAAAAUGGACAUUACGACCACUGAUUUAUCCUAAUCACCCAGACAGAUUCACCGAUGCAUGUCAGGUCCUGAGCAGAGAGAGUCUGACUGGACGUUGUUACUGGGAGGUGGAGUGGAGCGGGACAGGAGCUGAUAUAGCAGUCGCAUACGAGGAUAUCAGCAGAACAGGAUACUGGAGAGAGUCUGGAUUUGGGUGUAAUGGCAAAUCUUGGUCUUUAGUUUGUCACACUGACGGUCCUACAUUUUUGUUCAACAACAUCAGAACUCCUGUCUCAAGUCUUUGUUUCUCCAGAGUCGGAGUGUACCUGGAUCACAGAGCAGGUAUUCUGUCCUUCUACAGCGUCUCUGAAACCAUGACUCUCCUCCACAGAGUCCAGACCACAUUCACUCAGCCUCUCUAUGCUGGACUUUGGGUUGGUAAUGAAUCCACAGCUGAGUUGUGUAAACUGAAAUAGACAGAAGUCAUUUCAGACUUCAUGUGUCAGAUGUUAUAUUUCUUCAUGUUUUUGUCUCCAAGUUUCUGAGCUGCUCAGAGAUCAGCUGACAUGCUAAUAGGGAUGUAUGUAUUUAUUUAUGUAUUGUUUAUAUCAUCAGUUUCUUUAAAGUCUGUGUAAAGUAAGAAUAAAUAUGAGUUUGACAUACCACAGAAAAGUGUGUUG